GUGCUCGUAAAAGAAAAAGGAAGGCAGCAACUUCCAUCCAUUGAACUAAUCUGAAGCUGAAGUGAAGAGUAGGAUAUUGUAAUUGGGAACCCUAAACCCUAGAACCUUUGACUUUCCUCAAUUCCUUCAACAUGAGUAUGACCCAAUUCGCCAUGGUUGAGGAGUUAGCUUUUCUUGUCAAGGACAAUCUUUCUUGCAAACAUCUAGUUCUCACAAUGGAAGAAGUCUUGGUUAACUUUCUUCAGGAUGAUCACACUAGUUCAGAUGGGAUCUUGGAAUUGGAGCCAAUGAACUCUUACAACCGUCUUCUCUUGCAUCGCCUUGCUGAGAUAUUUGGGUUUGCACAUGAAUCUGUUGGUGAAGGAGAUGACCGUCAUUUGAUUCUGGAGAGAUGUCCAGAUACGUCCAUACCUCCAAUCCUUGUUAGUGAUAUCCUAUGGAAGUAUGAUGACGAACCUCAAUCUUUGGUUACUUCCCACCAGAUAUUAAGGAGAAGCGAAGCCUCUUCAGUCUCGCAGACAAACAAAACAUCCUUUUCAAAGUCAUUGGAGGAGAGGAAAGCAGCUUAUUUAGUUGCUCGUGAGAGAAUUUUCUCUAUGAAGUUGGAAGAGGUAAAAGAGCCUGGUGAACAAAAGCCUCGGAGUGUGCCUGUGGUUGCCCGCAGAAUGAUUGCUCAUGCACUGGGUCAAAGAAUUCAUACAAAGAAUCAGAGUGGCUUGGCUAGUGACAGUAUAAAUGAUGGAGGCCUCAAAGAUGAAUUGAAUGUUCAAGAUAAGAACAGUGAAGUGUCCAAUCUCACGAAAGAUUCUGAAGAGAUUUUAUGCCUAAGAAGGAAUCCAAACAACAGAAUAAGAAACAGUAGCAGUUCUAAUGCAUCCUCACAUAAUAAAAGGAAUGAUCAAACACCAGUUCACGAAGAGUCGCCUCUGUUCUCUCAAGAUACAACACAAGGGCAAACUGUAAAUAAAGACUACAUGAAAAAGGAGCACUUGGGAGCUGCAAAGAGAAUGUUUGCACAUGCUUUAGGAGUGCAAUCUGGGAAGGAUGGUUCAGUUCCUAGAAAUAGAAGUGGAGAAAUAAAGAAGAAUUAAGCUGAGAAGGUUGUGGUAUAUUUAGAACAGAAUGAUAUUCUGUUGCCCCAAAUGGACCUCUUAGGUGCUCCUCCGGUUUCAAAUUUCAAUCACAGUCACGAAGAUGAGUAAUGAGCUUUCUUUACUCAGGAGAUACAUGCAAAUGACUAUCGUAGUAUUAUGUUGGUUGCUUAGCUCUUCUGUGACUGCUGCUGGAGUAACAACUUCCCUAGCAGCCAAGUCAAAGGGCAUCAUGAAAGCACUAUCCAGAAUCAAGUGUAACCUCUUUUGGUUAUGUUCGAAGAUGAAUGAACAGGCUAUGGUGUUUUGGCUCGUCAGCUAUAUGUUGUUAGACAUGCAGUUCUAGUUUCAUACUAUGUUUAGUUUGUUCUGUCAAUGUGAUGGUUUUCAUUAUGGCUGUUCCCAGGCCAGCAGGGUGCAAUGCUUGAUUUCACCUAUCAUGGAGGGUCUUUAUUAUGUAUAUAUUAAAAAUUAAAAUCGUAAA